GAAUUUGACGGUACCGAUUCAGGCGCUCGACCAGAUGAGGCCGUUACUUGGAGUAAAAUUCGGGGUGAUGAUAAGCAUUGCUAAGUAUUACUAA